UCGAACAACUCAACGCGCCAAACGUCUCACUUCCACUCGUAUAUAUACUCCUCCACGCCUUCGUCUCCGCAUCCAAACAAUUUUUUUUUGCAGAAUUCCAUUUUCGUUCGAUCGCAAGCGAGUCAGCAGCAAUGGCCAACGCGAGGAACGCGGCUGCUGCGCCGUCGUCGUCUUCGUACUCCUCGUCGGCGUCCGACGGGGAGAUUCUUCGGUCGUUGCACCGUUUGGCGAGGGAUUUGGCUGGGGCCGAGGCGCCGGCGCCGUUCUUGGAGACGGUGUUCGCGGCUGUGUCCAGGCGGGCGAAGCUUCUCGCCGCGGUGUUCGAUGACCUGCUCAGGUGCGGGCGGCUGCCGCGGUCGGCGUCGCUGUGCCUGCGCGAGGUGCUGCUCGUGCUGCAGCGGUUCAAGGCCGUGGUGGCGGACUGCUCGGCGCGCAGCCGGAUGCGCCUGCUGCUGCAGGCGGACGAGGUGGCGGCGCGGGUGCGGGAGCUGCAGCAUGACCUGGCCACGCUGCUGGAUCUUCUCCCCGUGCCCGAGCUCGGGCUCGCCGACGACGUGGUGGACCUCCUCGCGCUCGCGUCCCGGCAGUGCCGGCGAGCUUCGCCGGCGGACUCCGCGGAGCACGAGCUGAAGGCGGGCGUGCUGGCGCUGAUCCAAGAGGUGGAGAGGGAGAUCGUCCCGGAGAGGGAGAGGCUCGAGAGCAUCCUCGAGGAGGUGGGCAUCAACGACCCGGCGUGCUGCAGCGACGAGAUCGAGACCUUGGAGCGGGAGAUCGGCGACCGCGUGGCGGAGAGGUGGACGUCGGCCAUGAUUGCUCUCGUCGGGCUCCUCCGGUACGCUAAGUGCGUCCUCUUCACCGUAGCCACGCCGCGGCCGAUGGACUCCAAGGUGGAUCUUGACGAUGAUGACGACGACGCCGACCCUCCGGCGCCGCCCAUGGACUUCCGGUGCCCCAUCUCUCUCGAUCUGAUGCGCGACCCGGUUGUGUCGGCGAGCGGGCAGACGUACGACAGGGAUUCCAUCACCCGGUGGUUCGGCUCCGGCAAGUCGACCUGCCCCAAAACCGGGCAGGUGUUGACCAGUUUGGAGCUUGUGCCCAACAAGGCGCUCAAGAACUUGAUCUCGCGGUGGUGCCGGGAGAACGGCGUCGCCAUGGAGAGCUCCGAGCCGAGCAAACCUGAGCCAACGCCGGUGGUGGCCUCCAACAAGGCGGCGCUGGAGGCGGCGCGCAUGACCGCGUCGUUUCUUGUCAAGAAGCUCUCGGUCUCGUUCUCAACCGCCGCGGCCAACCGCGUGGUGCACGAGAUCCGGCAGCUCGCCAAGUCCGGCAACGACACGCGCGCGUUCAUCGGGGAGGCCGGCGCCGUCCCGCUCCUCGUGCCGCUGCUCCACUCGGAGGACAUCGCCACCCAGCUCAAUGCCGUCACGGCGCUGCUCAACCUCUCCAUCCUUGACGCCAACAAGAAGCGCAUCAUGCAUGCCGAGGGCGCCGUCGAGGCGAUCUGCCACGUCAUGGGCAACGGCGCGACGUGGCGCGCGAAGGAGAACGCCGCGGCCACCGUGCUCAGCUUGGCGUCCGUCCAUUCGUACCGCCGCCGGCUGGGCCGGAACCCACGCGUCGUCGAGAGGGUUGUGCUCCUUGUGCGCACCGGCCCCUCCAGCACCAAGAAGGACGCGCUCGCCGCGCUCCUGUGCCUGUCCGGCGAGAGGGAGAACGUCGCUAAGCUCGUGGAAGCGGGAGCCCCGGAGGCGGCACUGUCGGCGAUCGGCGAGGAGGAGACCGCCGUGGCGGUGCUGGCGUCUCUGGCCAAGCGCGGCGGCGCGGAGGCGAUCGUCAACAUCGACGGCGCAGUGGUGCGUCUCGUGGCCGAACUGCGGCGCGGCACGGAGUGGUCAAGGGAGUGCGCGGCUGCCGCGCUUGUGCUCCUCUGCCGCCGCGUGGGCGCCGCCGUGGUGGCGCAGGUGAUGACGGUCACCGGCGUGGAGUGGGCGAUAUGGGAGCUGAUGGCCACAGGCACGGAACGCGCGCGGCGCAAGGCCGCGUCGCUCGGCAGGGCAUGCCGGCGGUGGACCGCCGCGGCCGCAGCCGCAGCCACGGAGCACCCCACAGAGUACACCACCUCCGACAUCGCGGCUCCGGCAAUUACAGCGUCGUGAAAAUUUCCACCACGACCACAUUAAUUUCAUAGGAUCAGAUAAAAAUUCAUUUUUUUUCCCCACACACAACGAAUGCUUGUACAAAAAAAAGAUUGUUUCUUGCCCUUCGAGGCUUUCACGAUUCUUUGGUCCCUGGGCCAAUUUCAGUAAUUGAUAAACUGCACAUACAGUUAUACAAGUUUCA